GUGUUCAGUCGAACGUCCAAACGGAAAAAGAGAGUCCGCUCGGGUUUAUUAAUUUCUUUUACACAAAUUAACACUAACACUUACAGAUUAAACUUAACGCAUCUAACUUAACGAAUCUAACUUAACGAAUCUAGCUUAACGAACCUAAAUGACCUAAUUAGAUAAGAACGCGUCUACACUACAGUAUAAUUCUUCACCGUGUUCCGUUUUUUAUCAGGGUGUAGAGACCGUGAACGGUUUGCGAGAUUUAGAGACAGGGAACGGUUCUGGAACUUUCCUGAGGAACAAGGAUGAGAACAUUUCUUCUCUUUCACGCAAGGGUCAAGGAGGAUAUAAAAAGCCGCGAUCGGCCGGAGCAGAUCAGAAGGUUCUGGCUCGGCUUACUGUGUGUAUCGUCGCGGAAUUGAAAGUGAAAUAAAGGCUCACAGUUGUGUUACACUUUAUUGGUGACCCCGACGUGAUCAAGAGAGAUCACAUAAUCGCACACUCUUUGUUAAGAACACUGAAUCUACGAUUCAUUCAACGUGGCGAUUUGUUUCGUAUAGUACGCCAGCCUUCUAAUUAACGUGAGCGUCGUGACCGUACAUGUGUAGUACAAGCGCGAAUAAAAGCGUACGUUGUAUCGCGAUUGGGCGUGUGUUGAAGCGUGUUCAAAAGUGCGAAAAAAACUUUGCAUGUGUGUUCUAGUGAAAAAAGAGCAGGAUUAUUUUUUAGAAUCCUUUGUGGAUUACACGUCGCCUGGUUACGCUCACCCCACAACGACACACACCAACACACAGCACACGUCUGGUGACAGAAACGUUUCUUCAACGCGUCCACAUACACACGCACCAUCUUGCAGUAAAUGUUACACACACCAUCAAGAGAAUCACAUUCGUCCGGGUUUCGUUCGGAGCGUUAUUCCUUUGCGGUAUAAAAGGAUCUGAACAGAAACAUGGCUACAAACCAACCACAACUCGGAGACGGGACGAACGCGUCGGUACAUCACGCGGCUCAAGAGGAGGCACAUUUCGCAACUCCAUCGACGACACCUCAAUCCGAGAUGACGAGUCUCGUGCCGCCACCUACCGCACCACAGAACAUCCGGGAUGAGAUCGAGAUCAGUGCUGUGAAGCUGCCACCAUUUUGGACCAACUCACCAAGUACAUGGUUCAUUCAAGCAGAGGCUCAGUUUGAAAACGCGGGAACCAAAACCGAGCGCACCAAGUAUGCUCAUCUUCUCACCGCCAUACCGCCCGAGACGCUGGAAAAAGUGAUCGACAUCGUCCAGAAUCCUCCUGCGCACAACCGGUAUACGCAUUUGAAGGAAGCUUUGCUGACGCGCUUACAGGGUUUCACACUUUAUCUCAAGACCGCGGGACCCCUUCCCGAAUCUGUCUUAACCAAAGCCAAGAUUGUGGUAUGAUGCUUGAAAUCGUUGAUGAUACUUGAAAACGUUGAUGAUACCUGAAUUCAUCGGAUGCAAUGCUGAAUCUGCGGCACAUUUCUCGAAACACACUGGUCCGCGCCGAGGACAUGCGGUCGAAUAUUUUUUUACACGGAUAACCUUUGUGUACAUCAGUCUAUUAGAAACACUCAAUUAUCCUUUUCGUUUUUUUACCAAAAAAAGACAAUUUAAUAAAAUGAGUGAAUGCAUAUUUGUUUAAUUAAAAUAUUUACAAGUGUUG